AUGGCCAGCACCGAUAAAGAAAAAAACAGCUUGAAGACUGAAAUGGCUGAUAUGGAUUAUACAUCUAACGAAGCAGACAGAACAUCGUCUAUGUCAAAUCCCCAAAAGAAAACGAUAUGUUCUGACUUACAACAGUGUCUACCAACUCCAGACCUGCCAAAUUGUAGCGCAGUUACAUCAGAGUCUGGUACCAUACCACAUACACCCAGUUCCAUCACGAUCGGCGACGGCAGUAAUACACCCCAUCAUGAGCAAACAUACGGCAAUUUUUCAGUGGUAGCACAACCUCCACUAGGUGAUACAAUCGAAGAUACAAUUACAUUAGCAGAAUUCACUAUAUUAAAGUAG